AUGUCCCCUCCCUUCAACUCUCUGCCGGCCGAUCGCCGUGACAUCGACGGGAUCAACAUUCCUGCACAUCUCUCCAUCGGGCUGUUCGUGGAUCCCGACGUGGGGUCCCAGCAGUCUGAUGGGGUCAUCCGAAGAGAGGAGGUACGAGGUCUUGCUCCGUCAGCUCGUGAGCUCGGGGCGCCCCAGCCCAUCUGGCGUCAUUUGGCAAGAUGA